UGGAGAUGGUGAAUGAAUAUGGACUCGAGUCAGAUCCUACAAUUGGCAGUUUGUAUGAUCUGCGUACAAGAUGGAUCGCCGCAUACUUUAAGGAUGUUUAUUGUGGGAAAAUGACAUCUACGCAACGCAGUGAGAGCACAAACAGAAUUGUGAAAAGAAACCACAUUAACCCUACAACACCUCUGCACGUGUUUGCAAGAAAAAUGUUUCAGGUUUUGCAAGGGAGAAAAGAAGCAGAAGCCCGAGUGACCAUGGAAUCUCAGGCCCGGCCAAAAACAGUAACAAAUUACCCUCUGGAACAUCAGUUGAGCAGAAUCUAUACCCGUGCAGUAUUCAGGAAAUACAAAGAAGCAUAUGUUUAUGGAACCUCUUUUCUUACAAAGAAAGUUGGCCUGGCUGUGAAGGCCUGGUUGUGGUCCGUCGUGGUGGGUGGAGACACAGACCGCAUGAAGAAGCAAGCAACAGCUGCUAGGUGUGCUGCAAAUUGACCAGAACCUGGCACAUUGCAAAUAAUUACAGAAUGUUUGUAAUAAAAAUCAAUUGUUUAGUCCAGACCCAAGAAUGUAAACUCAUUCAAUCAAUAUUUA